AUGAGCCGCUUGGUUCAGACGAUGUUGUUAUGGCUCAAAAGCGAAAAGGGGUUCGAUACUACAGAAGCGAGUGAUGGUCCUGAACUUCAAAAAUCCAUCUGUGAUAAAAGGUGGUCACCUUGUUGUACCUUAGUCCGCCUUUAUGCUAGGAUGGGUCUUCAUCGUUACAAUUUGUUGAAGCUUAGUCGUGUAAAGAAAUACAAUAUGAGUACGCAUUAUGCUGCUUUUGCCACAACUCAUAGGAGCAAUGGUAAAUAUCAUGAUCUCUCCGACUUGAAAAUUUUUGAAAGUAGUGAAGAUGUGGAGCCACCUAAUGAGGUAUCACUCAAUGUCAUUAAUGUGAUUGUCUACAUAGUGUACAAGGACUUUUAUGAGUCUCGGUUGGUAAGGAUGUUGAUCGCAAAGCUAUUGUUAAACGAAGCUUCAAUGAGCAUAAUGGACGCUUCAUUGUCGAGGGUCGAAAUAAGGUUAUCAAAUCCGAUUUGGGUCUGGUCCGACAUUUACGAGUGUCCUACGCAAAAACUUAAUGACAUGUCCUUUUCAUAUAUUCCAGAAACAUACUUAGUAAUAAAAAUAAAAUCUACUAAGUACUAA